UCCAAUUUAAUAAUACAGCAUAAUAUAAUAAAAAAUAAUGUUAAAAGAAGAAGAAAACUUAUUUUAGCAUUAUUAAAAAGACAAAGACAUUACAGGAUAAAUACUACAGUAGAUAAAUGGAUAGAUGCAUACCUUGACCAAGAUUUUCAUGGGCAUUUCCGAAUGACAAGAAAUACAUUUACAAAACUGGUAUCAAUGUUUAAGCAAGAUGCACAAAUGGAAGUAUGUUAUACUGGAGGUUACCAACCUAUGACAAUUGAAAAAAAAUUACUGGUAGCUCUUUGGUACUUGGCUAAAGAAGGAGCUAUGUUCACUGCUGGUGAAUUUUUCAACAUUGCAAAAUCUACUGUUAAAAAAAUUGUUGACCUAGUAGUGAAUACUUUAUGCAGACUUUCUUCAAAAAUAAUCGUUUGGCCUAAAAAAUUAGACUGUGUGGAAAUUUCAAAAGUUUUUAAUGAAAAAUCAAACUUUCCAGGUGUUAUUGGUGCUAUUGAUGGAUGUCAUUUCACUGUAAAACCACCUGCAAAUCAACAAGACAGUUACAUAGAUAGAAAAUUGAAUAAAUCAAUUAUAAUGCAAGGAAUUUGUUCAUCCAAUAAAUUAUUCACAAAUGUAAAUGUAGGGUUUCCUGGUAGGCUUCAUGAUGCUAGAGUGUUUGUUAAUAGUCAAUUAUAUAAAAAGGUCGAUGAAGAAGGACAACAUGCAUUAUUCUACAGUAAUAAUUAUCAUUUGUUAGGCGAUUCAGCGUAUCCUAAUCUUAGCUGGUUGAUUGCCCCCUUUAAAGAUUAUGGAAAUUUAAAUGCCAGAAAAAAACAAUUUAAUUAUAAACAUAGCAAAGCAAGAGUUUGUAUUGAACACGCAUUUGGCUUACUUAAAGGGAGGUGGAGACGUCUGUUAUAUAUUAACACAACAGAUAUGAAGAAAGCAUCAAAAAUUAUACUUGCUUGCUGUGUUCUUCAUAAUUUUUGUAUUUUAAAUGAUGACAAUCUUGAAGUUAUUAUUGAAAAUAUUCUUAAAGUGAAUGAAAAUCAAGAACAUACAAAAAAUAGAGCUGAAAUUAUAACUGGGGAUGUAAAAAGAAAUUCAAUUUUAAAUAUCUAA